AUGCUGGAGCUCAGGUCGUUUAGUCCUGUACGCCGCAGUCUUGACUUUACGCCAUUUUGUUCAGAGAUGGAAUUACCAAGCAAUUUUUACGAAUACCACUUCAGACGUCUUGGUGCUGAGAUCUGUACUAUUGUGUUAUCAGCAUUCUCCCCCAAAGAGGAACACCAGGCUCCUCGAACGUCCCCGUGGCUAAGAGACUAUCCGGAAGAAUUCAUCAGAUAUGUUGAGCUUGUAGCUCAUAUGGACGCACGCGCAGGGAAAUGGGAGAGACUCCUUCGUGAUAGGGGUGAGAGGACGAACCUUCUUCAAGCUAUCAUUUUCAAGGCUCUUGACAAUCGAGUCUUUUCACGGCUGUUGUUUGGAGCCAGUUCCAAGCAUGAUGAGACAUUGCAUAAUUCCGAUAUUGCACUCAUCAAUGAAGAAGCGAGCAGAGGGGAGCCCGACUUGUUUUGGAGACAGGUCGACAAGCUAGCCACCGAGGUUUACUUUCUGUUACUCCCCGUCUACGAGUUCACGGUCAGUUUUGAUGGCUAUGAACCUAUUUCCAAAACGAAGUUGUAUCAGCUACUGCACGAUGUUAUUUCAUACGCAGGUUGGCUCAGCGUAGGACUUCGCAUGUCAUCAGCCAUCUUCUCAUUCAACUGGCUCAUACCUGGUGAGCUGUACGCACUGAACCAAGUGAGCACCUGUCAACAGGCGUACCAGGCUUCAAAGGAGGCAGCUCAGCAGCAUGAUAUGCGGUUACAGGAGCAGAGACCUGAAAGAGAGAAAAUGAGCUCCAUGGCCAGAGUCAAGAUAUCGGUCAUUCCAGAGAUCAUUCAAUACCGGCCAUAUCCUAAGGACUCGAAUGUCGAGGGCAUUGACUCUUACAAAAUGAUGGAGCCGCAUGCGGUACAUUAUCAAGGAUUGCUAGAAGAACACGAUGAGAACAGGGUAUUCAUCAGCUUGCCAGACUACAUCAAGAAGCUACGGGAUAGAAAUUGCGCACCACGCAACGCUGCCCUGGUCAUAAUGGUCACUAUGUUGAUCUGUUUGUGGGUUCUUUAUACCACCUCGGGGCAACAAACCUGGCAGAAAGCCAAGGGAUGGGUGAUUCCGGCGCCUGCCAAGCUUAAGAAACCAUUCUGGAGACUAUGGUAG